AAGUAUCAGAGGUGAUCUAUAGAUACCAGCCUGCCUGAUAUAUUUGAUCAUUCAACUGGCUCAACUCUCAGGUGGGGUUGGGUUGAGUAAUAAUCCACAAAACAUCCAACUCUUGCAAUUAUAUUAGUCUAUAGUCUUUGAGUGAAGACAACAUAGGUGCAUUUAAAAUGUGUUGAGUGGUUUCGAAAUUGUUCUUGACUCAAAUUCGUAAAGAUGUGCGGGAUGAUUAGGACUAUUAUUGUUUUUUGCUGUGCCGUUGUAUUGGUUAAAUGUCAAGUCGAUUUGAGGCGACACUUUAGAUAUUGCCGCAAAAAUAAUACCAAUUUUGAUAACUGUGUGAAAGAUGGCAUCAACAAUUUGAGACCCUAUUAUAAAUCAGGUCUACCUGAUUACGGAAUUGCAUCACUGGACCCCUUCUAUGCUGAAGAGGUGACCCAGAAGAGGAGCAACUUCUUAUUCAAUUACAAGCUGGUCUUACGUAAUGUAACAGAGGCAGGCUGGUCUGUUUCAGAAAUGACAAAAUUCAGGAGUGACUUCAAAAACAACCUAAUCCAAUACACCCAAACGUUCCCAGACAAACAAUUGAAGGGAUGGUAUGAAAUCGAAGGUAACUUCAUGGGAACCAAAUUAUCGAAUAAGGGAUCGUGGAGUUUGGGAUUAUACGACUUCGUUCAGACAACAACGAUAACCAGAACUCCUAUGAAGGAUCAUAGAGGAAAAUAUGAUCAUCAUCCUCCGUUGAAAGUAAAUGUCAAUAUACAGAAUUCGAAGAAGUUGGAACUUCAUAUUGGACAUCUGGCAGGUGGAAGGAGGAUAGUAGAGAACAUGCUGGAUUGGAUUAUCAAUAGCGCUUGGCAGCCUGGGUUCGUUGUUUUGAGUCCGCUAAUCAAUGAUUUGGUUAGUACUGCAUUUACGAAAAUUAUGAACGACAGCUUCAAGAACUUCCCGUUAGAGCAGAUAUUCCCUUAUUGAAAGAAACGCUUGGUCAGGUGAAGGAGAUCAAGCUUGCAUAGAUGGUUGGAUAAGAUUGACCAUAAACCAUCAAGAAUCAUUUACGAAAAAUAGUGUAACCUGGAUGACCUAGCUUUAUCAACAUUCAAAAACUGAUAGCCUUUUAAGAAAGACCCUGAAGAGGGAGCUGAAAUGCCUGUUUUAGUAGUUUAUAUUAUUUUUUAUACAGAAUGGGUCAAGGUGAAUAAUACCCUAGACUUUUACGGAGAAUAGGUUGGAAUUUAUUGAAAAUUUAAUUUCUGGAGCUAUUGCUCUAUCGAUCUAGAAUAUUUUUCACGCUAUGGUGUUGUCACUUAUAAUAUUUUCCAUGGGACAACCUGUAUAUUAUAAUUUUUUUUUAGUUCAUCGUAGCACCGCAGAGCUGAAAAUAUUCUAGAUCGAUAGAGCAGUGGUUUCAAACUUUCAAAAAAAUCAUCCUACUCAUUGUUCUCUUCAAAAGUCUAGGGUACAAUAGACCGUUCUCCACCCUGUAUAUUCCGUAUUUGCCAAAUAUUUCAAAUUAAAUUUUAAGAAAUGUGUUAGUGUCAAGUUGGGAUUUGAAUGUUUUAGGUUUAAGAUUUUUACGAUGCUUGGGGUUUUUUAUUUCUAAAUUUCAUGCAUUCAUAUUUUUGUUGUGAAUUUGCGAUAUAAAUUCAUGAAUAAACUUGUAGCGACCUGUA